GUUUUUCCUGCAGAAAUGUCUCCCAUCGCAGUUUUCCUGUGCCUUCUGAUCUUUGUGGCUUCUGGAUUAGCAGGUCACACAGAGGUCAACGUGAGGCCUGGACAAGAUGUCACUCUUCAGUGUUGGGGUCCCAGAGAUGCAGAGAUCACUCUGUUAGAGUGGAGCAGACCUGACCUCAGCUCAGAGGGUUACGUGUUGUUCUACAGAAACAAGCGUCCAUAUGAGAAAUACCAGCAUGAGUCCUUUAAAGGCCGAGUGGAGCUGAGAGAUCCAUCCAUGAGGGACGGAGAUGUUUCUGUGUAUCUGAGGAACGUCAACAUCAGAGAUACAGGAACAUACGAGUGUCUGAUUACAACCAGCAGCAUCAUAGGUGGCCAGAGAGUCGUCAGUGAGGUCAAGCACUCCAUCAGCCUCACAGUCACAGAUUCAGGAUCCACACAUGACGAUGCAAAGUAUGGAGGAUAUGAUUAUGGAGGACACGUGUAUGGAGGAGACAAGUAUGGAGGAAAUGAGUAUGGAGGACCCGUGUAUGGAGGACAUGAGUAUGGAGGAAAUGAGUAUCACGGAUACGAGGCUGGAGUAGACAUGAAUGGAGGAGACAAGGGUGGAUGGUCUCCUUUAUCAAUAGUUUCUCUGUGCUUGGGGCUGCUGCUGUUGCUGUUGGUAUAACGGUGGGUUGUGCCGCUCACACCGACCCCCCCAAUCCCCCAUGGUGAGCUAUUGUGUAAAUCCAUGUGUGCGCAUUUGUGAGCCUCCAAAAGUGGUGAGUGUGUGUCCUAACAUCUUCUACUAAUACGACCUAAUAGCCAAUAGCGGCAGUUUUGCGAUGGAGGGGUGAAUGUAUUCUG